UAAGGGUUGGCUUAGAUGCGAAGCCGCAUCCCCUAUUCAUCGGUUUAUCAAAGGGUUUUGGACGGAAAUGCCACUCCUCUGACGCAAUCCCAUUUUCUCUCACUUCCAUCGGCUCCGCCAAAUUGGAAAUCUAAGUGUUUCAUGAACCUGCGACUCGCUUUUGCUAUUGAGUCAGCUCGCUUCGCCUCUUCUUUUGGUGCCUUUCCAUCGCCAACUCACUGCAGGUCAGAUCAUUUUUUCCUUUUGUUCUCCAUUUCCUAUCUGAUUAAACGACGAAUUCCGAUCCUACCUUUGGUGAUCCGAUCCGGAUCGGAUCUCACGUCCUUCAUGUACCACAACAAGCGUCUCGUUGUCGUGUUAGGGUUUCUUUUCAAUUCCUUAUUUCACUUUUGCCAUGCGGAUCCCGGUCAACCCUGUUCAAAGACGAGCUCCUAUGUCGGAUUCCAAUCCCAAUUCACCAUGGUUCAACACCAGCUCCGUGGAGCGUUCACCAUAAUCGACGAUUGCUCAUUUAGUGUUUCUCAAUUUGACAUGCUUUCUGGAUCCGACGUGCACUGGUUGGGCGCGCUCGCCCCUGAUUUCGGUAAUUUGACCGAUGGUUUUAUCAUCUCCGAUCAUAAGCUUAACGAGACCUACAAGAAUACAUCUUUUGUUGUUCGUUUGUACAAAAACAUGACGUGGGAUCGGAUCCGAGUCCUCUCUGUCUGGGACCUGCCCACGGCUUCCGAUUUCGGUCACAUUAUUCUCGCAAAUGAGUCAGCCUUAAGCCCUGGCCUGGCACCUUCGCCCUCUGAUAACGAUACUACGCUCGAGGAAGGGAAAAAUUUGACUUUUACUGCGCCGACGAUGUUUGAUAACUGCAAGGUGUUGUCUAAGAACUAUAGGAUUAGAUGGAGUUUGAGUAUAAAAAAUAAUUUCAUAGAUAUAGGAUUAGAGGCCGCCACUGGGAUCCAGAAUUACAUGGCAUUCGGGUGGGCGCAACUGGAUUCUGACGCCGAUCUAAUGCAGGAGGCUGAUGUAGCGGUGGCUGGGUUCACAGAGGAAGGAAAGCCGUUUGCUGAUGAUUUUUUCAUCACCAAAUACAGUGAGUGUACGAUAAACAAGGAUGGUUCAGCCUUCGGUGUUUGCCCAGAUACCAUAUAUGAAGGGUCGGACCCAGUUGGAUUGGUGAACAAUACAAAACUGAUUUAUGGGCAUAGAAGGGAUGGGGUGUCCUUUGUAAGGUACAGGAGGCCGUUGGUUUCAGUUGACAAGAAAUAUGAUUUGCCUGUGAGUCAUACUGCUAAUAUGACAGUGAUUUGGGCAUUGGGGUUGAUGAGGCCACCUGACACUAUUAGGCCUUACUAUCUUCCUCAGUAUCAUGGAGGCCCAAAAAUGGUGACUUAUGGCCAUCUGGUGCUUAAUGUAUCUGAGCAGGUGAAUGAUUGUUUGGGGCCCUUGGAUGCUGAAGACAAGGAGGAUCAGGAUUUGAUUAUUGCAGAUGCAAACGUGCCUCUUGUUGUUACUACUGGUCCUGCAAUGCAUUAUCCUAAUCCGCCGAAUCCUUCUAAGGUUUUGUACAUUAAUAAGAAAGAGGCUCCAGUUUUGAGAGUUGAAAGAGGGGUGCCAGUGAAGUUAUCAGUGCAAGCUGGACAUGAUGUUGCGUUGUACAUUACUUCAGAUUUGAUAGGUGGGAAUGCAACACUGAGGAAUAAGACAGAGACUAUUUAUGCUGGAGGCCCUGAAGCCGAGGGUGUUUUGGCUAGUCCAAUGGAAUUGGUUUGGCAACCAGAUAGGAAUACUCCAGAUCAAGUGUACUAUCAAUCCUUGUAUCAGCAGAAGAUGGGCUGGAGAGUUCAGGUUGUUGAUGGGGGUUUAUCUGAUAUGUAUAAUAAUAGUGUUGUUUUGGACGAUCAACAAGUGACGUUCUUUUGGACAUUGGCAAAGGAUUCUAUAUCUAUUGCAGCUCGAGGUGAGAAAAAGAGUGGUUAUAUUGCAAUAGGAUUUGGUAGUGGAAUGGUGAAUAGUUAUGCUUAUGUUGGCUGGGUGGAUGAGAGCAGCAAAGGGCAUGUAAACACAUAUUGGAUUGAUGGGAAGGAUGCCUUUAGUGUUCAUCCAACAAAUGAGAAUUUGACUGAUAUAAGGUUCAAAUCAGAAAAUGGCAUCAUUACCUUUGAGUUUACACGGCCCUUUAAACCAACAUGUAGUCACAAUGAUCAGCCAGAGUGUAAGAAUAUCAUUGAUCCCACUAGCCCUCUUAAGGUUAUAUGGGCAAUGGGUACCAAAUGGUCAGACAAACAUCUAAGUGAGAAAAAUAUGCAUUCUGUUACCAGUAAUAGGCCUGUCCGAGUGUUGCUUAUGCGUGGUUCUGCAGAGGCUGAGCAAGAUCUACGACCUGUGUUAGCUGUGCAUGGAUUCAUGAUGUUCCUUGCUUGGGGUAUUUUGCUUCCUGGUGGAAUUUUGGCAGCUAGAUAUUUGAAGCAUGUGAAAGGGGAUGGCUGGUAUCAGAUUCAUGUUUAUUUGCAGUACUCGGGUUUAGCAAUUGUCCUACUUGGCCUUCUUUUUGCGGUGGCUGAGCUUCGGGGCUUAUAUGUCAGCUCAUUACAUGUUAAAUUUGGGCUCACUGCUAUAUUUUUGGCUUGUGGGCAACCAGUAAAUGCUUUCAUGAGGCCUAAGAAACCUGUAAAUGGGGAGGAGGUAUCCUCAAAGAGACUGAUUUGGGAGUAUUUUCACAUUAUUAUUGGCAGAUGUGCAAUCAUUGUGGGAGUUGCCGCACUUUUCAGCGGGCUAAAGCAUUUGAGAGAUAGAUAUGGAAGUGAAGAUCUUCAUGGGUAUAAUGGAGCAUUAAUCGUUUGGUUCUUGAUUCUUCUGCUGAUUGUCAUGUAUCUGGAAUAUCAAGAGAAACAGCGGAGGAGGGACAGAAUAUUUGGGAGAAGCAAUUGGGUGUUGGGUAACCUUGAAGAAGAGGAUUCUGUUGAUCUUUUAAGUCCAACUAGGGCGGCACAAAAAGAUGUGCAACAGUCUGGAAGAAUGGAAGUUCAGUUAGAACCUUUAAACAGAUCAUAGAUAUUUUAAAUAAUUAACUUUGAUAUAAGCUCACCGCUCUUCACCAGUUUUGAAAAUUUUCCUAUUCGUAUGGGGAUGGCAGGCUUGUUUAUUUGCUUGAAAAUACUUUUUCAGGCACAAGGAGGUCUACUCACUUAUCAAUGUAUUUCCCUGCAGCCACUCAAUUUGAAGAGUAAUUACCCUAAAACAUUGUAUUUUGUAUACUUGAUACUUAACGCAGUGGAAGAUUUUAUCAAUUUCUCCAUCUCUCUUGUCUUCAGCUAAAUCAGAUUUUGUCCACCACCUGUGUUAGCUUGGGUGACAUUUUACUGGCUUUGCAGAAGUAUGUCUCUUUGGUAAAGUUAUUUUUUGCUAUGGAUUACCAGAUGCGGAUCAAAGAUGAAUGGCUUUUGAUCUAAUUUUCAUAGCUAGCGUCUCAUCAUAGCAAAGCUAUUCUCGUGCAAGUUAAGCAACUGACUUUUGAUAGGCGUGCAGACGUGCUCAGACUUGGUGUAAAAGAAAGCUAAUUCUCAUCAUGGUUUACCCGUUUUGUAUCUGUAACGGUUGACUGCUGUUUUAUCUUUGCUUUGUUAUUUUGGCCUGCUUGGUAUCCUUUCUGUUUUUAAUUUUUUGUUUUUGUUGUCCAAUUGUCAAAGAAAUUUGUAUAAAUAAAAUAUAUUUGCUUCCUUA